GGUCAAUUUACAACUCAUCAACUUUAUCCCUACUAUGCUGAUUUAACAAAUCCCGAAUUUAUAUCGCAUAUUGCUAUUGUACAUAGUAGAUAUUCGACGAACACGUUUCCAGCAUGGUCAAGAGCUCAACCUAAUCGUAUGGUUGCACAUAAUGGUGAAAUUAAUACGUUACGUGGAAAUAUAAAUUUUAUGAAUGCUCGUGAAGGUGUAAUGACAUGUGAACUUUAUGGCGAAGAUUUACAAAAAUUAUAUCCAGUUGUUGAGAAAGAUAUGACUGAUUCUGGCAGUUUCGAUAACGUUUUAGAAUUUUUGGUACGAGCAGGAAAACGUUCAUUACCAGAAGCUGCAAUAACAAUGGUGCCUGAAGCGUAUGAGAAUGAUCUUGAAAUGUCAGCUGAAAAAAGGGCAUUUUAUCGUUGGGCAGCGAUGUUUAUGGAACCAUGGGACGGUCCAGCACUUUUUACAUUCACCGAUGGUCAUUAUAUUGGUGCAAUACUUGAUCGUAAUGGUCUUCGACCUGCUCGAUAUUAUAUUACUUAUGAUAAUUACGUUUAUUUAUCAAGCGAAGUAGGAGUUAUUGAUAUUCCAGUUGAAAAUAUCGCCAAAAAAUUUAUUUCACCUUUUUCUUAA